ACGUCCAACAGGCGGAGCCGAGCACCAGGAGGCCGGCUGGGGAGGCGCCACAUCCGGCCGCUGACUCGUGUGUAAAAAGCCGCGACCGCUGCACUUGGCUUCCAACAGUAGCUCUGGGCCCUUCUCGGCUGCAGGGGCAGCUGCUCCAAUGCCCCACAGCGGCCAUGAGCGUCCCGCAUUGGUGGGACCAGCUGCGGGCUGGCAGCUCGGAGGUGGACUGGUGCGAAGACAACUACACCAUCGUGCCUGCCAUCGCCGAGUUCUACAACACGAUCAGCAAUGUCUUAUUUUUCGUCUUACCGCCCAUCUGCAUGUGCUUGUUUCGUCAGUAUGCAACAUGCUUCAACAGUGGCAUCUACCUAAUAUGGACUCUCUUAGUGGUAGUGGGAAUUGGAUCCGUCUACUUCCAUGCAACCCUAAGUUUCUUGGGUCAGAUGCUUGAUGAACUUGCAAUCCUUUGGGUUCUGAUGUGUGCUCUGGCCAUGUGGUUCCCCAGAAGGUAUCUACCAAAGAUCUUUCGGAAUGACAGGGGCAGGUUCAAGGCUGUGGUCUGUGUCCUGUCUGCGGUCACAACGUGCCUGGCGUUUGUCAAGCCCGCCAUCAACAACAUCUCUCUGAUGACCCUGGGGGUUCCUUGCACUGUGCUCCUGGUUGCAGAGCUAAGGAGGUGCGAUAACGUGCGUGUAUUUAAGCUGGGACUCUUCUCCGGCCUCUGGUGGACCCUUGCGCUCUUCUGCUGGAUCAGUGACCGAGCCUUCUGUGAGCUGUUGUCGUCCUUCCACUUCCCCUACCUGCACUGCGUGUGGCACAUCCUCAUCUGCCUCGCUGCCUACCUGGGCUGUGUAUGCUUUGCCUACUUUGAUGCAGCCUCCGAGAUCCCUGAGCAGGGCCCCGUCAUCAAGUUCUGGCCCAGCGAGAAGUGGGCCUUCAUCGGCGUGCCUUACGUGUCCCUCCUGUGUGCCAGCAAGAAAUCACCAGUCAAGAUCACGUGAUGGCAUGGCCGUGGUGGCUUGGCUUCUCUGCUUAUUUUCCUUGAUGCACAGGCUCCCUUUGCCAGGAAAGACAGCCGGGGGCUUGCAGAGUCCGGGGUAGGGCCUGUCUUUUAAAAGUUCUGUUCCCUUGGGCUCAACUAACGUGUCUGUGGCCCGCCAGGACUCUACCAUGCAGGGGGAGGAAGGUCUUCCCCUUUCCCAAAGAUGGAAAGUGGAGGGCUGAGGGGCACCAGGUGGAACUUCUCAGCCUCUUCCAGAUACAGUAGUUUGUUGGGCUGUAUCCUUUCUGGCAAUGGCAGAGCAGUCCCUCGGGGAGCCCAUUUCCCAGUGGGAGAUGGGUCCAGACUCGACCAUUCCCAUGUGCUCUCCGUGUCAACUCUCCUACUGACCGACAGGCCCUGUGACAGACUCAGACCUCUGUCUGAUGGAAGAUCCCAGGGAUUUUCAUUUGAGGAAACUGUCCUAAAACAAGACCAAGCCAAUGAAAUCCACACAGGGCUAAUGGCUAAGGAGGCAUCCAUGUAGAGCUCUCCGUAACCAGGUUUUACAUGCACUUGUGAAUCUUUUCUCUACUACCUCUGCUGAGAGAUGGGGAUUUGACUUCAGAGGGUGAAGCAGACGAAAAAAACCCUCUGUGCCAAAAGCUACACUCUGCUUUAAGCCAUUCUUGAAGAUGAGCACAAUUUUUAGAUGUGAACAUUGUUGGCCCCCUCCCCAAACCAACGGUCACACACACACACACACACACACACAGGAUAGUUGUGGUGUGAACAGAUCUGCACACAGACCCCGGCUCCUUAGUGCCGAGCUCCGUAAGGUCAGGCCUCAUGACAGUCACGGUGGGAGUCCUGCCUGGUUCAACGUCUGGAGCAGACAUGAAGUUCUGGAAACUUGUGCUGAUUAGAAGCCUUCUGGAUGCUCUUCCAUUUGGAAGUUAUCCCCCAAAAUGUCACCUCUUCUUUCUGCAAGAUUUCCUGCGGGAAUCAUACUCCAUAUUCUCCCAGUACAAGGUGCUUCCUGUGGUUUCUCCAAGGAUUUGAUAGCUGCUCUUCUCUAGAACUGUGGCUCUUUGGGUCGUGGGUGCAGCAGGCAAUGCUGUUGGCCUUCUCAGUUUUUCCUCACCUGAAGGGACACUAGCCAAAACUAAUCUCUUCAUUGGGCCGAAUGAAGACUUUAAAACGGUCAUCAAGGUGUGAGGGGGAAUGCAUGACCUCAGGGAUACUCACUUUAACUGACAUCUCCCGCUUUGCAACAUUCCAUCAUGAAAGAGGGCAGGACAUCCUUGUGUGGAUGGGAGUCCUGUCGCUAAGGAUCUAAUAAUUGGGCAGGACCAGCGCGUGGCAGGUCUAGGAACUUUGGCUCCAGUUAGAAGUUGCACAGGAUCAAAGGUGAAAAGUCCAAUAAGGAACUGAAUUGAGAGUUUAAAAAUGAAGGACUUUAUUCUGCUUCUGUGGUUUUCAAGUUAUUUUUAGCAGAACCCUAUCUGCAAUAAGAAACCAUCAAGGAACCCAAAUGUGUGAUAGAUGGUGCAUUCUAGUAGUUUAAAUUUAAGGCUAAACUUCUACAUUUCCCUUAAUAUCAUGCAGCGAAAAAUGCAAGUUAAAUUUGUGGUUUUCCAUGGUAAAAAAUUUGGGAUUGAAUGAGUGUACCUUUUUAUUAUAGCUUAAAAAUAUACUUUAAAAAUGGUAUUUAAGUAUUUGUGGGGUUUCUAGUGCACUUCUGAGACCUAGGUGGUUCAUGAACUACCUAGAGUUUUGUUUUGUUUUUUAAAUUUUUAAUGUUUAUUUUUGAGAGAAAGAGACAGAGCACAAAUGGGGGAGGGGCAGAGAGAGAGAGGGAGACACAGAAUCCGAAGGAAAAUCUGAGCUGUCAGCACAGAGCCCAACAUGGGGCUUGAACCCACAAACUGUGAGAUCAUGACCUGAACUGGAGUCAAAUGCUUAACCAACUGAGCCACCCAGGUGCCCUGGAACCACCUAGAGUUUUAAAACUGCUGUUCAGUCUUUUGGGUUUAAAGUCUAGAAUUUUUCCAAAGGGAAUUAGACUGUCCUCACUUCAGAUGGACUUCCCAGGUUUGGAUUCUGGUGUCAUUCAUUCUGGAGUAUAAAAAUGCUCCAAAGUAGGGGGAAGCUUUGAUUUACUUUAAGUCCAGCUGUCUUAGUGUGGAAGCAUACAUGAGGAGAAGGGGCCGUGGGAAGUGUUUGUGCUCUAUGGGAGGUUUAAUUUCCAUCUCAAGGGCUCCUCAGUGAUGAGAGCAUUGUUCCAGCAGUUAAGGAGGGUGUGGGUCUCUGGAUCAGGUAAAGGGGUAGGUCCCUGGGGAACACCACCUUCUAACUCCCAACUCUUUGACCUUACUCUUCUGGAAAUCUCUUAGUGUCCUUUGGAAAUAGAGAUAAGCUGGGACUGCUGGAAAUGAGGAAAUAAGUGCCCUGACAGGGCUGUUUCCAUCUACCUUCUACAAGAAGAAUGGCUUAGUUAAGAUGUCAGAAGGAAUGCUUUUGUUGUAAAAAAAAACAAAACAAAACAAACAAAAAAAAACAAGAAGAAAAAACAAAACAAAAACCAAAAAACAAAUCAGAAGGCCCUUCUAGAGAUUGGUUUUGAUGAGCUAAGGGCUGAUAACAGAUAUGGAAUGGGGUAUAUGUUAGGAGGACAAAAACAUAACUUCUACUUUUGAACAAAAAUCGCUAUGGCUUGUUAGUGUGAAGAUGGUAAAUCAAGAAAGUAGGAGUUUAAAGAUUUUAUUUGAAGUUAGGUUUAUGGCAUCAUUCAUGUUUAUAUUUACGAUGCUUUUAUAGCACUCCAGGCUCUUGAAGAGAAUUAGAAAGCUGCAGGAAAGUUGAAGAGAAAAAAGUAGUCUGCAUUUUUAUUGUCCAAGGACAAUCAUUGUUAGUAUUUUGGCAUUUUGGUGUAUUUCCUCAUCUUUUUUUCUUCUCCCAAUAGAGUUGUAAAUAGAGGUCUUUUAGCAUGCACAGUUCAUCUGGUAGCUCGAAUGGAAUAUAAAUGUCAGUUGUGUAUUUUCCACGAAGAGCAUCUUUUGGAAUACACUUGAGUUAGCUCUGCACUUGAGAGCUUAUCACUGGAUUCUGACUUACUGCUGAGUCUUUUUACAUUGAGCCAGACAUGAAUAGGUCCUGAGAAAUAAUGAACCGAAGUCUACUUUUUGUUAGGCUUCUGCACUUGGGUUGACGAACUACAGAAAAUAGCUAUUUGAUAGAUGGCUCUGCAGGUUGUGAGGUUUUCAGAUUUUAAAAAAGUGAAUAGCUUAUUGAUGUGCAAUCAAGAAUCUUUGUUUUUUUCCCCCCUGAUAAUGCAGGGAAGUGGAAAGUUGACAUUUGGGAAUUAGGUCAUGGCUGUUACUCACCGUGGCAGUCAGAUACUUGUUCUGCUUAGAUAGAAUUUGCCUGAUGGAACUGGAUCUAGGAUAUUAAACAUUAGUAUCCUAGUUAUCAAGGAAUCACUUAAGUCAGUGAUUCUUAUUUUUUUAGUGUUUGGUUGAAUGUAGACUUUUAAGAAAGCUUUUCUCCUUUUGAUGAUGAUUAGGAUUAUACUAUUAGCAUGUCAGUCAAUAUAUUUAAGGUGUCUGGGAGAAGAGAUACCUGAAUCUGUUCGGUAACAGGCUACUUUUGGGGGAAAUCUGCCUGUCCCUCUGAUUAGUGCCUACUACGUUCAUUAUGGAUCAGAGAUGUUCUCUUGGGGGACCUAAGCUCAAUGGUCAUCAAGCACCGACUUUCUAAAAAUACCGUAACUUGUUCUAUUUAUUGGCUUUCUCAGGUGUGUAAAAGCUACUCACCAGUUCCUCAUGCUUACGUGAGCCAGGGCCAUGUUGGGGGCUCUGAGAGUGGGGUAGAGUCUCCUUGGCUCUUUAUCCCAUGGGGCUGGCAUGAGACCAUCUCUGAGGGACAGGUGAGGGCUGAAGCUUGCCCAACUGGAGCCUCUCUCAUAGCUCCUUUCCCCCAGAUGAGCUUGGAACCUUUCAUUGCCAGCUCUUGGCCGGGGUGCUCCCAUUCCAGCUGGCCAAAGAGAAUGCUCAGGCCAGGUUGGGAUGCUUAAUGGAUUUUACAUACUCCUACAGGCAAAAAAAAAAAAAAAAAAAAAAAAAAAAAAAAAAGCCUCUAAAGGACUGAUUGUUUAAAUUGUUUCUUUCUGUGUAUGUUAAACCAGGUUUAAGACUAUUUUAUAAUCACAGUAUGUAAUCAGAGCAUAUAUAGUAUUUUUAGACCUAUUCCUUGUUUUAUACUUUAGAUAGGUUGUGCCGUCUUAGGGUGGUGUGCCCAGUGGCUGUGGGAGCAGUUAAUGUCCAUUGUUUGGGAACGUUUUAAGGCCUUUUGAAAUGGAGCUUUUGCACUUUAUACUAUUUUUGGGAACUAUGAGUUAUAUUUCAAUAUUAAAGCCAUAAGUGGCGUUUUCUGUGAAUGAAAA